CGUUUUUCGUUGUCACUCUUCGUUUUAAUUUUCAUUUAAAUACAUAAUCGUGAUUAAAAGUUAAAUAAAUGUAUUAAAAUUGUGUUACCUACCAGCUACUAUUUCCUAUAAUAGUUAUUUACACUAAAUUUCACUUCUACACAUUUCAUCCUAACCUAUAAUAAUAUCACAAUGGAAUCGAUUCAACAAACUGUCACUGAGUUGGGUGAGCACUUUAAUCAACGGAUGGCUGAAUUUCAGCGAAGCCUUCAAAGUUCCAUCCCUGCAACUAGCCCCUCAUCUAAUGUAAAUGCGCAGUUCGCUGCCUUUAGAAGUUUCAUCCUAUCUUCUCUUGAAGCACUUCAGGCGCAAGUUCAGCUUCUCUCAAGACAGCAUGAUGACAUGGAGAUGAGAUGCAGGAGGAAAAUUUUGCUAGUCCAUGGUGUGCCAGAGAGCAAGAAUGAGAGGGUAGAGGCAGCUAUCACCAAGAUUCUCUCAGAGCACCUCACUACGGUUUCUAUUGACGAGACGUGUAUAAGCCGCUGCCACCGCUUAGGAAGCCCCAGAUCAGACAAAGCGAGGGCAAUCCUCAUUAAAUUCCGUGACCUAUCCAUCAGGAAUAAAGUGUGGUUUGGUAAGACUUGCUUUAAGAACACUGGGGUCACACUCUCUGAAUUCUUGACUAAGGAAAGACAUGAUGUCUUUAUGGCAGCUCGCCAACGUCUUGGCAUUGCCAAGUGCUGGACGAAGGAUGGCCGGAUUGUGGCCAUUGGUUCUGAUGGGGCACGUAAACAUAUUCUCACUAUGGCUGAGCUAAACAUUUUCGCUCCGGAAUCUGAAGAUCCUGCGCCGGCGCUUAAGGCUGUUGCCUCUACUAGUUCUGCAAGUACGGGACCCAAGAUGGUUAAAGUGAACCGGCAGCGGAAAAUAGCCAAGCGAUAG